CUCCAGUGCCCGCGCCGAGGCUGCGCCGCGAACUGCCCGCGCCGCGCCCCCAGCCCCACCGAGCCAUGGCCCGCGCUGCCGGCCCACGGCCCGCAACCCCGGAGCGCGGCGCGGCCGGCCGCUGAGAGCGCGGCCCCGAGGCGGGAGCCCCGGCGCGGCCUCGGAGCAGCGCCUGCCGCGGUCCGGCCCCUCCCCUGCACGGCUCCCCGCGCCCCUUGCGCGCCCUGCCGCCGCGCGCCCGGCCCCAGCAUGGAGACGGCGGAGAAGGAGUGUGGCGCCCUGGGCGGGCUCUUCCAGGCCAUCGUCAAUGACAUGAAGAGCUCCUACCCCAUCUGGGAGGACUUCAACUCCAAGGCUGCGAAGCUCCACUCUCAGCUGAGGACCACUGUGCUGGCUGCUGUGGCCUUCCUCGACGCCUUCCAGAAAGUAGCUGACAUGGCCACCAACACCCGAGGGGCCACGCGGGACAUUGGCUCAGCACUCACGCGCAUGUGCAUGCGCCACCGCAGCAUCGAGACCAAGCUGCGGCAGUUCACCAACGCACUGCUGGAGAGUCUCAUUAAUCCACUGCAGGAGCGCAUCGAAGACUGGAAGAAGUCAGCCAACCAACUGGACAAGGACCAUGCGAAAGAGUAUAAACGAGCCAGGCAUGAAAUCAAAAAGAAGUCAUCUGACACGCUGAAGCUGCAGAAGAAAGCGCGCAAAGAGCUGCUUGGGAAAGGAGACCUGCAGCCCCAGCUGGACAGUGCACUGCAAGACGUCAAUGACAUGUACCUGCUACUGGAAGAGACUGAGAAGCAGGCUGUGCGCCGUGCACUGAUCGAGGAGCGGGGCCGUUUCUGCACCUUCAUCACCUUCCUUCAGCCGGUGGUGAAUGGCGAGCUGACCAUGCUGGGAGAGAUCACCCACCUGCAGGGCAUCAUUGACGACCUGGUGGUGCUGACUGCGGAUCCCCACAAACUUCCUCCCGCCAGUGAGCAGGUGAUCAAAGACCUGAAGGGCUCUGACUACAGCUGGUCAUACCAGACCCCACCCUCGUCACCCAGCAGCUCCAGCUCCCGGAAGUCCAGCAUGUGCAGUGCCCCCAGCAGCAGUGGCAGUGCCAAGGGUGGCGGAGCCCCAUGGCCUGGGGGUGCCCAAACAUACUCACCCAGUUCCACCUGUCGCUACCGCAGCCUGGCGCAGCCAGCCACCACCCGCCUCUCCAGUGUCUCCUCCCACGACUCUGGCUUCGUCUCCCAGGAUGCCACCUACUCCAAGCCCCCUUCGCCUAUGCCUUCAGACAUCACCAGCCAGAAGUCCUCCAGCUCUGCAUCAUCUGAGGCCUCAGAAACCUGCCAGUCGGUUAGCGAGUGCAGCUCUCCCACCUCGGACUGGACCAAGGCUGGCCCCCACGAACAGCCCUCAGUUACCACCCUGCAGCGGAGGAAGGAUCGUGUGGAGCUCCUCCGAGACACUGAGCCAGGCCCUACUGGUGGAGGCACUAUGGGCUCCGGUGGAGAGGAGGUACCACGAACCCGGAUGUCCCCUGCCACCAUAGCAGCCAAACAUGGUGAGGAGGUAUCCCCUGCUGCGAGCGACCUAGCCAUGGUGCUGACCCGUGGACUGAGCCUGGAACACCAGAAGAGCAGCCGGGACUCGCUGCAGUACUCCAGUGGCUAUAGCACACAGACCACCACACCUUCCUGCUCCGAGGACACCAUCCCCUCCCAAGGUUCAGACUACGACUGUUACUCUGUGAACGGGGAUGCAGAUAGCGAAGGCCCCCCUGAGUUCGACAAAUCAUCCACCAUUCCUCGAAACAGCAACAUAGCCCAGAACUACCGCCGCCUGAUCCAGACCAAGCGCCCAGCGUCCACCGCGGGGCUGCCCACUGCAGGGCUGCCCACAACCAUGGGGCUGCCCUCGGGUGCACCUCCCGGUGUGGCCACCAUCCGCCGCACACCCUCCACCAAGCCCACUGUGCGCCGCGCCCUGUCCAGUGCUGGCCCCAUCCCCAUCCGCCCACCCAUCGUCCCUGUGAAGACACCCACAGUGCCCGACUCCCCUGGCUAUGUGGGGCCCACGAGGGCAGGCAGUGAGGAGUGCGUCUUCUACACAGACGAAGUGGCCUCGCCUCUGGCUCCAGACCUGGCCAAAGCCUCCCCAAAGAGGCUCAGCCUACCUAACACGGCCUGGGGCAGCCCAUCCCCAGAGGCAGCUAGCUACAGCGGGGCUGCUGCGGUCGGGCUGGCCACUGAGGACGAUGAGGAGCAGCAACUAGCUGCCAACAGGCACAGCCUGGUGGAGAAGCUGGGAGAGCUGGUGGCCGGUGCCCACGCCCUGGGUGAGGGCCAGUUCCCCUUCCCUACCGCCCUGUCAGCCACCCCUGCGGAGGAGACGCCCACUCCACCCCCUGCUGCCACCAGUGACCCCCCAGCCGAAGACAUGCUGGUGGCCAUUCGACGCGGGGUCCGGCUGCGCAGGACCGUCACCAACGACAGGUCGGCGCCCCGCAUCUUAUGAUGGUGCCGCCUACCCCUCCCUGUCUGGGCCUGGCACAAGUAGGUGGCCCGAUCUGCUAGCAACUGCCAGCCAAUCUGAGCGGUCGCACAGCCGGAAGGUAGAAGGCGCCAGGAAUGAGGCACAGCCACUUUACCGAAAGAGACAGCCAGGCUGGAUCUCAGCAUCUCGCGGGAAGCAACUUCCCUCACACACCUCGCCAGGACAGAGCCUGUUUUAUACUUUCCUUAUCUACUCAACCCUCCUCUUCCUUCCUGCAGGCCCUGCUUCAUCCAAACCCCACAGCCCAUAACCAAGGGCUGGGCCUGCUACCUGAGCCCUACCUGGCCUGGGGUCCACAACUCUCUUCCUCUGGCCCGGCUGCCCUCCAGGGCCAUAUGCCCAGCUCGUUCCUUGAAUGCUGGCUCCCUCUUUUCCCUGCCUGGGCCCUGUUCCAUUUCCUCUUGCCUUUGCCCUGCCUCUCCCAGACUCCUCUCUUUGGGGUACAGGGUGGUCACUGAGGGGCCAGGCACCCAAUCAACUGAGGAUCUUUUUGUAACUGGGUUUGGGGAAAGUCAGGCAUUGGGAAGCCAGGCUUGCUCGUGGAAAAGAGCCUGAAGGGAGGGAACAUAGGGGCCUUGUCUCAGGGGACUCUCCAGUUCCCCUCCCCCUGUGAAGAAUAGCUUAGUGGAGGUGAGGCAGGCAGACAGGGAAUGAGCCCAGAGGCCAUACCAGGUGAUUCAGAUGUCCUGUUCUUGUCUGGACACUUUGAGGCUUUAACUCUAGGAGCACCUUGGGGUUACAGUUUCACUGGAGAUAAGGGCUGGAAGCAUUAGAUGGUAUGGGGGGGGUUAUUUUAUGACUGUAAUAAAAUGGAGCUGACCCUAGACAAGAACUGUGUGGGGAAAGCUGGUGGUA